AUGGCACGCGCCAUGACAGGGCACCCUCGCGCUCGCCCUAGAUUGGCAAGUUGCUUGGCCGUUCUGACCGUUGCGUUCCUUUUGACUGCAGUGCCCACCCUGGCGCUGCCACCCACCUUGACGCAGUUCGGGCUCGACCUCUCUCUUGACCGUGUUGAACUGGUGUUCUCCGAGCCGGUGAACAUCUCCACGUUCGACGCAAACGCCUGGUUUUUGACAUCGAACGCCACGACCAACGAAGAACAGCUCUACCUGACAGAUGGCGUCAUCAGCUCGCCGGAUGGUGGCACAACCUUGUAUCUCAACCUCAGCACUGCCACAGUCGAUGGGCUGGCGUCGCGUGAACAGUUGGGCCGCACCACGCAGUCAACCUUCGUCAAUGCAGACAAUGCUGGUGUGACGGACUUGCAGGCGGAGGACUGGCAGACGCUGGCACAAGGAAAGCCACCCGAUUACAUCGUUCCCGACAUCGAAGGUCCAGUCAUAACAUCAGCAACCCUGAACAUGUCCAAUGGAGACGUGUUCUUCGCUUUGUCCGAAACUGUGGACGAGACGUCAUUUCUUGCAACUUGGGCAUCAAUCCUGUGCUUGGAACGAGCACAGUAUGUGACCACAGUGAAGGCGAAUGUUACCACGGUGACAACAAGGCAAGGACGAGCUACCAUCAGCGCCCGAGACUUGAACGUGCUGAAACUUCUGCAGUGCGCGACGAUCGUGCUGACGACCGUGGUCAACGCGUUCGACGACCAGUUUCAAAAUGCGCAUGAAGCUGCAAACGUAACGAUGUUCACGUUCCCAGACACGACCAGCCCGGAGCUGACGGCGUUUGACCUCAACAUGACGUCUGGCGAGCUUGUGCUUGAGUUCUCAGAGCCGGUCCUUGCAUCGUCGCUGGACCUUUCUGCUCUGGUCCUGGCCAACGACACGGACGCUGCCUUUGCCGUGCGCACUGCGCUGGACAACGGCACUGCCUCUGCUGUGGAUGGCACUCAGCUGCGCAUCACGCUCUCUGUGAGCGUGGUUGAUGCCAUCAAGCUUGCUGCCAACACUGCGCAGGCUGCCGCCGCCACCUUCCUCGACGCAAGCGGCGCGCUUGUCGCUGACAUGGCCGGACAGCCCUCUGUCGCUGUGGCUGCGCUGCCUGUGCGGGUGCUCGCGCCAGAUGCUGUUGCGCCCGUGCUUGUGUCCUAUGGCGUGCGCAUGGACCAGGCCCGCCCGCCCAUUGUCCUGACGCUUGUGUUCUCCGAGCCUGUGGAUGUGGGCGCGCUCAACCACACUGCCCUUGUGUUCCAGUCCAACGCGACAGCAGCCACGUCUGCGGAGUCUUACCGCCUGCAGCACGCUCCAGCCGCUGUUGUGCCCAGCAGCAGCCAGCGCCAGGUGGCGAUUGAGCUUGCCACGGGCGAUUUCCUUGCGCUGCGGGAUGCUGCUGGCCUUGCUGUGCUGAUGCGCAGCGCGGCCACCACGUACCUGCGCUUUGAUCCUGUGCUUGUGACAGACACCAUUGGCUCGAGCGUGGUUGGCGUCUCCGCUGUUGACGGCGCUGUGGCUCCGAGCGAGUACACGGUUGACCUUGUGCCGCCGCAGCUCAGCGCGUUUGACGUUGACAUGGAUGCUGGAUUUGUUGUGCUGCGCUUCAGCGAGGACGUGAACGCGAGCAGCAUCGCUGUGGGUGCGUUUUCCCUUGUUGCCGCGCGUGGCGCGAACGUGACUGCGGAGGGUGUGACUUUUGAUGCCGCCCUUGAUGCUGCGAGCAGCACAGGCAACGCCACCCAGGUGCGUAUUGACCUGAGCGUGUCGACGCUCAACCGCGUCAAGGCUGACGCUGGCCUUGCUGUGAGCCGCAGCACGUCGUUCCUGGCUGUUGCGGCAGGUGGCAUUGCUGACUUUGCUGGCAACAGCAUGCGGCAGGUUGCCUCUGCUUCUGCCGUGGCUGCGGUCAGCUAUGUCGCCGACGCAACUGGCCCUGUGCUGCAGAGCUUUGCCCUCAACAUGACCUCUGGUGUGCUGCGCCUCACCUUUGACGAGGUUGUGGCCAGGGCAACGUUUGAUGCGACGCAGGCCCGCCUGGUCAACGCCGCCACGGGCGCGACUGUGGCUGUUGCGCUGGAUGCGGUGGCUGUGGACGCCCCAGCCGCCAACAGCACGACCCUUGGCUUCACCCUGACCCAGGCUGCCGCAAACGAGGUGCGUGCCAGGACUGGCCUCGGAACGACGGUGGACAACACGUACCUGCAGUUGCUGGCAGGUGCCAUCCGCGAUGCGGCCGGCAACGCAAACUUGCCCGUCACAGCCAACGCAACACAGGUUGUGCAGGAUGCCCUGCCCGCGCGCCUGCUCGCGCUGUCGCUGAACAUGGACAGCGGCGUGCUGAGCCUGUCGUACAGCGAGCCCGUGCAAGCCCUCACGCUGGUGCCUGCUGCCAUCACGCUUGCCCGCGCUGCCAACAGCACAAGCACGUACACGCUGGCACACAGCACGGUUGUCACCUCCGGCUACACGCAGGUCGUCGACGUGGCGCUUGGUGCUGAGGACAUCACGGCGCUGAAGCUGGCGGGCAUUUGCCUGUUCCAGGACGCGUGCGCCGUGUCUGCCAACGGCACCCUUGUGCAGGAUGCCACUGGGGCAUUUGUGCCUGCUGUUGCGGAUGCGGAGAUCAACGACGUGUUUGUGGCUGACCAGACAGCCCCGGCGCUUGCCGACCGCGGCUUCUUGUACUUUGACCUGAACAACGGCACAAUUGCGCUCAGCUUCACAGAGGUUGUGAACGUGACCUCUGCGCGGCCCACGCGCAUCACGCUGCAGUCGUUCUUCGAGAGCCCAGAGGCCAGCUACACGCUGACUGGCGGCCGCGUGCUUGGCGGCUACCACAGCGGGCCCGGCUCGACGGUUGUGCUCAUUGCCCUUUCCACCAGCGACCUCAACGCUGUCAAGGCUCCUGCUACGUGA